AGAACUGCUUCAGAAAGUGACAAGAAAGAUGGGAUGUGUUUGAAGCAAAGGGCAGCCGGAAGAGCAGUAGGUGCAAGGCCGCGAUGUGGCGCUAGAGGGCGCUCGCGGAAGAGGCCGGCCUGGCCCAUUGGUGUGCACUCCUAGUGGGGGAGGGAGUGCCGUACAGCCCCCUGGCGGCCACGCAGUGCGGCUGCGUUGCGGAUCUCCGGGCGUCGGUCUCAGCGUCCUGAAUCCCAUCUUGACUAGGCCGCGCCGCUGAGUCACCUAAAUCGACGGUCGGGACCCCAUUCUUUCACUCUGCCCCUCGUCCGCACCUCUCAGGCUCUCGAGAUCAGCCUCUGCCCGCUGGCUCUGCGCAGCAUGCAGCCCGCAGGCCUUGAGGGUCCCGGCGUGCUCCGCCACCGUAGGCCUCUGUUUCGUCUGCUGCUUCUGCUCUCGCUGCUGCCGUGGCCAGUAACCCGCGCUCAGACCAUGCCGGGCGACCCCAGCGCCCCGACAGUACUGGAAACUACCAGUGCCCCGACCACGUCGGGCAUCCCUAGUGCCCCGAUCACGCCAGGCACCUCCAGCGCGCUAAGUCUGUCGGAGCGGGUGCAGGCCCUGAUGCGGAACUUCCCACUUGUGGAUGGCCACAAUCACCUGCCCAUGCUCCUGAGACAACUGUACCAGAACAGGCUGCAAGAUGUGAACCUGCGCAACUUCAGUCGUGGCCAGACCAGCCUGGACAAGCUUAGGGAUGGCUUUGUGGGUGCCCAGUUUUGGUCAGCCUACACCCCAUGCCAGAGCCAGGACCAGGAUGCCGUGCGCCUCACACUGGAGCAGAUUGACCUCAUUCAUCGGAUGUGUGCCUCCUACUCUGAACUGGAACUUGUGACCUCAGCCAAAGGUCUGAACAGCACUCAAAAGCUGGCCUGCCUCAUUGGUGUGGAAGGUGGUCACUCACUAGACAGCAGCCUCUCUGUGCUGCGCAGUUUCUACCUCCUGGGAGUACGCUACCUGACACUCACCUUCACCUGCAGCACGCCCUGGGCAGAGAGUUCCACCAAGUAUGAAUACCACUUCUACACCAACGUCAGCGGGUUGACAGGCUUUGGUGAGAAGGUGGUAGAGGAAAUGAACCGCCUGGGCAUGAUGGUGGACUUGUCCCAUGCAUCGGAUGCCUUGGUACGGCAAGCUCUGAAUGUGUCAAGGGCUCCCGUGAUCUUCUCCCACUCAGCUGCCAGGGCUGUAUGUGACAAUGUGCUGAAUGUUCCCGAUGACAUCCUGCAACUUCUGAAGCAGAAUGGUGGCAUUGUGAUGGUGACGCUGUCCGUGGGGGUACUGCAGUGCAACCUGUUUGCGAAUGUGUCCACCGUGGCAGAUCAUUUUGACCACAUCAGGGCAGUCAUUGGAUCUGAGUUCAUCGGGAUUGGCGGAAAUUAUGAUGGGUCUGGCCGGUUCCCUCAGGAGCUGGAGAAUGUAUCUACAUACCCGGUACUGAUAGAAGAGUUGUUGAGGCGUGGCUGGAAUGAGGAAGAGCUUCAGGGUGUCCUUCGUGGAAAUCUGCUGCGGGUCUUCAGACAAGUGGAACAGGUGAGAGACGAAAACAGUGGUCAUAGCCCUGUGGAGGAUGAAUUUCUAGACAGGCAGGCGGGCAGUUCCUGCCACUCCCACCUCGUGUCUCAGCCUCAGAGUGAACACGUGGCCACAUACCUGGAGGUGACCAAGUGGCCAACCAAUGAUGUUCUCCAGAGGACCUCAAAAGCCUCCCCAUACCUUGUUCUAGGCCUCAUGGCUAUUGCCACCUUCCCAAUCCUCAUCCAUUGGCUCUGAUGACCUGGCCAGUUCCCCAAAGAUCACCUUAACAAAGUCUCAUAAAGUCCCCCUCCUGGUCCUCUAGGUACAGCAUAUGCUAAGAAUAAACGUUUUCGGCAUGGAA